GCACACCCGCGAACACCCGCGCUCCCCGCGCACCCCGAGGCCCCAGAAGGGCCCAGCGCCGCCACUCGCCAGCUCCCAGGGCCCCGGCCCGCCCGGUGCCCGCGCUCUCCCGCCUGGCCAUGGCCCCGCUCGUGUACUUCUUAUUCCUCCACUGCCUGAAGCAGGCGCUGGGCAGCUAUCCGAUCUGGUGGUCCCUAGCUGUUGGGCCCCAGUAUUCGUCCCUGGGCACGCAGCCCAUCCUCUGUGCCAGUAUCCCGGGCCUAGUACCCAAACAGCUGCGCUUCUGCCGGAACUACGUGGAGAUCAUGCCCAGCGUGGCAGAGGGUGUCAGGAUCAGCAUCGAAGAGUGCCAGCACCAGUUCCGAGGCCGUCGGUGGAAUUGCACCACCAUCAACAAUAGCCUGGCCAUCUUUGGCCCUGUGCUGGACAAAGCCACCCGUGAGUCUGCCUUCGUGCACGCCAUUGCCGCAGCUGGUGUGGCCUUUGCUGUGACCCGCUCGUGUGCUGAAGGCUCCGCUGCCAUCUGUGGAUGCAGCAGCCGUCACCUGGGCUUACCUGGCCAUGGCUGGAAGUGGGGCGGCUGCAGCGAGGACAUCGAGUUUGGAGGGAUGGUGUCCCGGGAGUUUGCAGAUGCUCGGGAGAACAGGCCCGAUGCCCGCUCUGCCAUGAACCGCCACAACAAUGAGGCAGGACGCCAAGCCAUCGCCAGUCACAUGCAUCUCAAGUGCAAGUGCCACGGGCUGUCGGGGAGCUGCGAGGUAAAGACCUGCUGGUGGUCGCAGCCCGACUUCCGUGCCAUCGGCGACUUCCUCAAGGACAAAUACGACAGCGCCUCGGAGAUGGUGGUGGAGAAACACCGUGAGUCGCGCGGCUGGGUGGAGACGCUGCGGCCUCGCUACACCUACUUCAAGGUGCCUACGGAGCGUGACCUGGUCUACUACGAGGCAUCGCCCAACUUCUGCGAGCCCAAUCCCGAGACUGGCUCCUUCGGCACACGAGACCGCACCUGCAACGUGAGCUCACCAGGCAUCGACGGCUGCGACCUGCUAUGCUGUGGCCGCGGGCACAACGCGCGCGCUGAGCAGCGCCUGGAGAAGUGCCUCUGCGUCUUCCACUGGUGCUGCUACGUUAGCUGCCAGGAGUGCGCGCGCGUCUACGACGUGCACACCUGCAAGUAGCU